AUGGAUACAGAUGGGAUUAAAAGCGACGACACGUCAGAGUCGCCCCAACCCACACGAACGCGCAAACGAUGGAAAGAAGGUUUCGUGGAACUGACAUACCUGUCUCGACAGUGGCAGCCGUCCAGUAAGGACCAACCAGACCCUCCAUUGUAUUCGACUUGGAUGGCCUCCUCGGAAGUGGAUCAAAAGUUUCUGGGUUAUUUCGCAAAAGUUACUACUACGGAGAAUAAUUAUCUUUCUAGUUUUCUGUUCCGUGUCCUCGGCCUUUCGGUGAUCCUGGCUGAGAAGCUCCUGCGUGCGCGCCACGCAAAACGCCUCGACCCUGUCCGGGACCCAAAAGCCCGCCACUUAAUUCACCACAUCCUAUGGCUCGCCCGCGAAGGGCUCGUUAUGGUGGAACAAUAUGUACUCCCCAUGGUUGGCCACUAUGUCGAAUUAAAGGUGUUGAGUUACAAACUCAAGGCCAGCUUCUACCAUAUUUUUGUCCUGUUUCAUAAUGAGCCACCGGUGAAUGAUCGCAUUAAUCGGAGUAAGAGCACCGGUGGCGGGGAUGCGAGUUACACUUUGUUUCCGGAGCCUUUGAGUCCGAGAGAAUCGAGAGAUGGCAGAGAAAGGCUGGGCAGACAGGCUACGGUCAGAUCUCCCACGGAGAGUGGACGGAGAAGAUCGCCAGCAAUCAGCCUUGGAGGUCCUGUGGGCGGCAGCGGGGGAGUGGCAGCGACAACGCGAACUCCACCUGGGCUUCCCCUUCCCGCGACGUACCCUUACUACACCAACGGCAACAACAGCAACAACAACAAUGGCAAUGGCAAUGGCACUGGUAAUGGUAACGGCACGGCAACGUUCCUCCUCCCUUUACAAGACUACACCCCAUACGCAACCCAAGCGUUCCGCGAAGCCGACGAACUCGCCGAGCGCCUGCUUCCUGGAUCUCAUCCGGUCCGCCUGUCGGUCAAAGUGGAAUACGUCGCCUACGUCUAUGAUUGUCUACACGAAGCCGAAGCCUCAAGGAGGAUGGCGAGGAUGGCUAUUAGGCACGUGUAUGAAGCGCAGGAGGGCAUGGAUGAUGAUUCCUUUCAGGAUGCGGCGGAGAUGGUGGGAAUCCUGGGGCGGAUGAUGAAGAGAGGGCUGGGAGGAGGGGGGAGCAGCGGAAGUCAGAUGCAGGGACAAGGCGGCAGUGGUGGAGGUGGGAGGAGAGAUAUCCAGCAGCCGUCGACGUGGGUAUAG